AUGACGGCCUCGUCUGCUAUAACACUCUCCACACCAGCAGCUAAGUCGUUGACCUCUCUGGACUACUCUUCAGUGGAGUUGCCGAUAAAGGCCUCCGUCAAGGGUGUCCGUACCGGCGUCUCGACCUUCCGCUUCACGUGCAUCGCAGCGUGUCGUGGGCCAAAGGUGGCCCUCGGUACUCAGCACGGGCACACCAUCGUCGUAUCCCAUGAACUGGGUGCCCAGAGGGUCCGGACUAUACGACCACCAGCGGAGGAUGCAGGGCCAGCCCGGAGCGUGGACUGGUCGGUGGAUGGAUCUGGACUGGUAGUAGGGUAUGCCUCGGGGGCAGUGGCGCUGUUCGAUGCCAAUACCUACGCCUUACAGAAGCUGGUUCGGGACAUGCAAAACAGUCCCAUAACGGCUGUGGCCUUUUGGGGGCCUACGGGGAGGCAGAACCUUCUGACGACAGAUGAGCUUGGUCGUUGCUACAUGCUCACUUUCAACACUUUUUUGGUGACGAUGACGUGUGAAAAGAAGCUCCUAUUAAAAAAGGAGAAACCAGUGAAGGCCAUGGCGGCUCUCCGAGGAUCCAAAAUGGUCGACGCUGGUUUGGUCGCGAUGGUAUCAGAGGAGGCCUUGACGGUGGUGGGCAUGGUCCCAACCCCGAGGCUAGUUUUUGAGAUGCCUUUGUCGGAGGCAGACUCCUUGAGCCUCUGUUGGUGUACUGAACCUGUCAUGCUUUGCGUCGGGGUCGGCAAGACCCUGCACAUGCUCAGGCCCCGAGAGGACUUGACGACGUUCGAUGUCAUCGGUCAAGUCCUUCUACCGUCGAAGGACUUCUCGACAGGCUUCAGGGGCAUUCGGUGUGUCGGUGGAGGUCUCGUUGCUGCCGUGGUGGCCCCAGCGCAGGAGCCCAGCGCCCGUGAAGUGAUCCUAGUGCAGACGAACAGACCCCGAGGGACGAUGCUGAGGGGCACUGGCCAGGUCGUCUACCGGCACAGGCUCUUGGGCACCUACUGCCCUGACCUCAUAACAGUCAUUGGCUCUACCGUCGUCCUUCCCGGUUACCAGGCUGGGGCCGAUUCCCACCACUUCACAGAGGUCACUGUGGGGUAUUGGCAAGACGAGAUCAAGAAGCUUAUGGAUCAGCAGGAAAUGAGUGCGGCUAUCACGUUAGUGUCUGGCAUUGGUAGUGGUAGUCUGCCCCAACUCGCUGACGUUUAUCGGCCGAAUUCGGUAGAAAUGGAAGCCCUCUUGCGGGUGUUCCUACUGGACAUGCCCAAGGACGACCUCGAGAGGGUCCAGGAGUGCGUGACCUUGGCCGUGGAUGCCUGUGCCAGUAUGGCCCUAUGGGACUUCCUUUACAGUGUUGUCUUUGCUCGUUGCGAGGCAUGUGGCGAAGCGGUGCGGGACGUCUAUUUAAAGGUAGUUGAGACCAGACUACGCUCCGGAGUCCUUCCUGCUGGUACCGUCGACUCUGAGAUCGUGGCCUUCGUUCUGGCGAGGUUUCAAGACGAGCUCGCCAAGGAUCCCACAGUGGAGGUGCGCAGGGCGGCGGAGGACUUCUGCCUAAGUGUGAACCCAGAGAGUUUGGACCUCAAUUUCACCACCCGAAUGGCGACCGAAUUCGGUCUUUGGUCGGUUGUGGUGUACAUUUACAACGUGGCCUUCGGUGACUAUACCACACCUUUGCAACUUUUCGUUGAUGCCUCAGUCAGGGCCAUGGAGAGGCUACAGGCCAAGGGCCAACGUCAGAGGCUCGCUAGCAUGCCUCUUGUGGAGUACCUUUACUCGUAUCUUGCUUCUACUCUGGCGGGGAAGCCGUACCCUUUGGAGACCCCCACUCCCGUGCCCAAGCCACCCGCCACGGCCGUCAACGACCUCGUCAAGGCAGUAUUUAGUGACACUUCUGGAUGCUUCGACCAACUCCUCGAGAUCUCAGCCUCCGAGUUCUUCAAGGCUCUACCCUUGACCGAAGAGUGUAUACAGCAGUGCAGCAUUCGGAUGACGAAGAGGCCGGACCGUGAUGUGGAUGCAGAAGCCUGGAGAAGCUAUUACGUAUUCGUCGCCAAGGCUUGCCAGGUCCUGGGGAUUGCCAUUGAACCUAGGGAGGUUCGGCAGCAGGUUCUGAAGGUCAUGCUGGAGGCCUUCCCGGAGAAGCGGAUACAAGUGGCAUUUGAGAGGAUAUAUGAAGACGAUAAGUGCGCAUCGAUCGACGUCGCUGAGUUCGUGAAGGAGGCGGCGGCCAAAGGCAUGCGGUCUGUCCAGGCCUGGGCAUUAGGGCAUUGUCUGGGGGAUUACCAGGAGAUGCUAGCAUGCUAUUUGGACGCGCCACAGCUCAGCGAGGAUAUAUUCGACGAUAUCAUACGUAGUGAUGACCCGCAGAUCUCUCGAGGCAUCCGGACGGCUGCGCUGGCGUUGGUCCGAAGGCUCAUAGAAUUGAACCCGGCAGAGACUGGGCGGCUCUUUAUGGAUGGCACUCUUGAAUUGGAGGAGUCGACCGGGCCUGUUGUGAAGCUCGGGGACAUUUCUGAUGACCUCUACUGCGCAUUUUUAUUGCCGCUCUUGAACCCAGACUCGUCGUGGCGGAACGCUGAGGGUCGGAGGAAGUUCUAUCGCGCCCAUGCGAUGACCGGGCUGGAGCUGCUACUACGGACUGAUCGCCAGUCGGGCGUCUCGAAGUUCCUACUUAGAGCUGAUAAGGACGCUAUACCGCUGGACCAGGCACGAGAGCUGUGCCAGAGGUACUCGAGCGUUCAGGGCAUGCUCUGCCUGUGUGAGAAGGCCGAGGACGAUGAUGGUGCUGUGACCACUGUAUUGGACGCUCUAGCCAAGGCUCAGGAGGAGUCUCAUAAACUCGAGUUGGUCUCGCUAGCAGCGGACUUCACCCUCAGGCGAGCGGAGAAGCUCCAGCCAGAGCAAAUUUCUAAGCUUUGGAUGCCCUGUUUGGCGAUGGCAUGCGACGACUUGCAGAUUUCGGAGAUGCUCCUACGCAAGGGGGGAGUAUUGGAUUUGGUACCCGUGGGUCAGUCUAUUGAGACGCUGCUUCGGAAGCGGCCGGGUCGACGGGUUGAUGAUGAUGCCCUACGGAAGCCUCUGGUGAGCCUCUUGGGCGGUAUUGGCUUUUCCUACUCGUUGGCAGAGGCGACCGAAGAUAUAUGCCGACAGGACGCUAGUAAGCUGUUCUCUGACUUGGUGUCUCGGCAGAGUCGUGCCCUCAGCGUGGGCUCGGUCCUCUGUCAAGGUUGUCAGAGGCCCCUGGUGGGUGAAGGGAAUAUCUCUGGCAAGGUCACCAUUUUCGACUGUGGCCAUACGUAUCACGACAAGUGCUGCCAGCCCGAGCCUGACGAGAUGAACCCGAGUCCAACACUGAGGGAGUACAGGGUUACCCUCGGUGGUAUCUUCUUUUUAAUGUAUCGGUCGUAUCGUCGGCUCUGUGCGGUGAUGAGGGUGGCUGGCCCUUCCGAAGCGGGUCAGCAGAUGGAGAUUCGGCGGCUCCUCAAUACGUGGGGGAAAGCGGAUCUUGUGGACAACGUCGAGGCCCUGUGGAGGGACCAGGCCCUGAAUGAUCGGAACAAAGUCCAUGCUGUGUACCGCCUGGUGUCGGUCAACUGUGAAGAUUCCUCUAAGCUGCUGGAGAGGAUUCUGGACGAGGUUGUAGUAGAGGUCGAGGGCGGUCGCUUUUCUCAUCCACAGUCUGUGGCCCGGCUCUGCUACUGCUGGGCGAAGGCUCGUCCCUCUACACCGCUGCCGGAGUGCCUUUCGGCUGUCCUCUGUGACGACAAGCAGGGAGCCCGUGGCCGGCGAAUAGGACGGCUCAACUCGGGAACGCUAGCGGGACUACUGUGGGCCUAUGCCAAGACCCCUGGGACGGCUGGGCACGAAAGUGUCUUCUCCGUGGCAUCAGAGCAUCUUGCUACUAACCUGACCUCCCUGAGUGGUACGCCAAUACGGGAGGUAUGUAUUAUGCUGUGGUCAUUCGCGGCCUUUUGGAAGCACCGCCGUCCAGAGCCUCUGCCGUUUGAACUCCUACUUGCCUUAGCUAGUAGAAUCCUGUCGGACCCAUCAGCCCAACCGCGGGAGAUGGCCAGCGCGCUGUGGGCAGUGGCGACCCUUGAGCUCUGGAGAGGUGACCAGGACCGAGCUGUAGUGCCGAUGUUACGACAGGCUAUAGAGGCAAUGCUCCCCGGGUGGCCAUAUGGAUUUCCUACGAGGGAGUUCAGCAACGUACUAUGGGCGGUCACCAGGACAGAAAGUCUGGUGAACUCGAUGGAGGUACGGCAGCUGAUGGAAUCGGCGUGUCGGCUCAUCCUGGGUCGAGGGGGAGGGAGACCUUGGAAGGUGGAAGAGCUCGCGAUGGUCGCUACUGCUCUGUCGGGUUAUAUAGGGAAAGUGGAGAAGGAAGACCGGCACGCCACUGAGGCGCUGGUCACAGUUAUGAACUCAGUCGCUUCCGUCGGCUCAGUGGACGGCAACCUAGCGACAUUCGCUCAAGCCAUGCUGCCCGUGGCGGACCGAGUCGAUCAGGCUGCCAAGGCCAAGCUGCUGGUCACGGCAGAGGAAGCCUUGAAGGCUUCUAGGUUGGACACUACGGCUCUGAUCUCCGUGAUUGACCUUUUCGGGGAGGAAUCUCCAUCUGCGGCUCUCGAGGCGGCCUGGAAGGCAGCCAUAGGACUAGUGCUACGGCACAUCAGGGAAGGCCGGCCGGUCGAGAUCCGAUCACUGGGCAGUGCAGGAGCGCGGGAGGUGUGUAAACAGCUGGGGGUCCUGGGGGCUCCUAGCGACCUUCCAGGAAAUCUUCAGGCUAAACUCGUUGGCCAUCGCUUCGCCUCAGUCGUGGAGUACGUCCUUACACCAGAGGAUGGCGAUGGGGAGUCUGUUUCUGGCCCGCCCACGGUCUUCCUCCCAGUGCCUCAGAAUACCUCUUCUGUCACAGUGCUGACGCCCUACCAUCACGGCUGGGUCCGCAACACCGAGCCAGACUUCAGAGCUCUAGAGGAGGUGGCGCGAGUAUUGGAGGCCCAUCGAGACACCCACGACUGCGGCUGGGUGAGGCUGGUCCUCAGCCGGGCACCAUGCGUGUCCAGCCUGGCUGCGAUGGCUCAGUUCGUGGAAAGGCGUGAUCUAGAACACGAGCAAUCUUUCUAUGGCCGCCGCUUCGGUGACUCUGACGGCCGUGACGGUGGUACGGGAAGCAUGGCCUCGGCACUCCUGCUUGUUGUCCCCGGUUGA